GGUGGCGGAACGGCAGCUCCCUGGUCACGGCUAAAUUGACGGGCUCAUCCUAGUAGCGGUGGCCGUCGGGGCCCUGUCCUGUCUCCGUCUUGGAGGACCCGCCUCGGCACAGCCGGGCUCGGUCCAGCCUUGUGGUAAGCCCUGGGCCGCGGCUGCCCGGUAGUUCCAUCGGCGUGGAGAGACUAGCAGACAGGCGGGCGCCAAGGUCUGAGGCAGCGUUUCAGCCCAUCUGUUGGCUCCGCGUCCGGGGUCGGGUACCUCUCACUCCUCUGUCUGGCCUCUCUUUCGCCCCGUGUCUGGCUGAUUAAAAAUGACAGCAAUCAAACAUGCGUUACAAAGAGAUAUUUUUACGCCAAAUGAUGAACGCCUGCUGAGUAUUGUCAAUGUCUGCAAAGCAGGAAAAAAGAAAAAGAACUGUUUUCUGUGUGCCACAGUGACAACUGAACGCCCCGUGCAGGUGAAGAUGGUAAAAGUCAAGAAAUCCGACAAAGGAGAUUUCUACAAAAGGCAGAUUGCUUGGGCCCUUCGAGACCUUGCUGUGGUAGAUGCCAAGGAUGCUAUUAAAGAAAAUCCUGAAUUUGAUUUACAUUUUGAAAAAAUAUAUAAAUGGGUUGCCAGCAGCACUGCUGAAAAGAAUGCAUUUAUUUCAUGCAUUUGGAAAUUGAAUCAGCGAUAUCUCCGGAAGAAAAUUGAUUUUGUCAAUGUUAGCUCACAGCUCUUGGAAGAAUCUGUUCCAAGUGGAGAAAAUCAGAGUGUGACAGGAGGUGAUGAAGAAGUAGUAGAUGUUUACCAAGAGUUAAAUGCAAGAGAAGAGCAGGAUAUUGAAAUAAUGAUGGAAGGCUGUGAAUGUGCAAUCUCUAAUGCUGAGGCCUUUGCAGAAAGGUUGUCCAGAGAGCUACAGGUGCUAGAUGGGGCUAACAUCCAAUCAAUCAUGGCCUCUGAAAAGCAAGUGAACAUCCUGAUGAAGUUGCUGGAUGAGGCUUUAAAGGAGGUAGAUCAGAUUGAAUUGAAACUGAGCAGUUAUGAGGAAAUGCUCCAAAGCGUAAAAGAACAAAUGGAUCAGAUCUCUGAAAGCAACCACCUAAUUCAUCUUAGUAACACUAAUAAUGUAAAACUCCUGUCUGAAAUAGAGUUUCUUGUGAACCACAUGGACUUGGCCAAAGGUCAUAUAAAGGCCCUUCAGGAAGGAGAUCUUGCUUCCUCCAGAGGCAUUGAGGCCUGCACCAAUGCUGCAGAUGCCCUUCUACAGUGCAUGAAUGUAGCUCUUCGACCAGGCCAUGACAUGCUCCUGGCAGUCAAACAGCAACAGCAGCGUUUCAGUGAUUUGCGAGAGCAUUUUGCCCGGAGACUGGCCAGUCACCUCAACAAUGUUUUUGUUCAACAGUUUACUCAGGCCCUCCUUCAACUCUAUAACAGGUCCUACUUUCUUUCGGUGCCUGGUCAUGAUCAGAGUUCAACUCUUGCUCAGCACUCUGUUGAACUGGCUUUACCCAAUCAUCAUCCAUUUCAUAGAGACUUGCUUCGAUACGCCAAGUUGAUGGAGUGGCUGAAGAGUACAGAUUAUGGAAAAUAUGAGGGACUAACGAAGAAUUACAUGGAUUAUUUAUCACGACUAUAUGAGAGAGAAAUUAAAGAUUUCUUUGAAGUUGCAAAGAUCAAGAUGACUGGCACAACUAAAGAAAGCAAGAAGUUUGCUACACUGCCUCGAAAAGAAAGUGCUGUCAAACAGGAAACAGAGAGUCUUCAUGGAAGUUCUGGGAAAUUAACUGGAUCCACUUCUAGUCUAAAUAAACUCAGUGUUCAGAGUUCAGGGAAUCGCAGAUCUCAGUCAUCUUCUUUGUUGGAUAUGGGAAACAUGUCUGCCUCUGAUCUCGACGUUGCUGACAGGACCAAAUUUGAUAAGAUCUUUGAACAGGUACUAAGUGAACUAGAGCCCUUGUGUCUGGCAGAACAGGACUUCAUAAGUAAAUUUUUCAAACUACAGCAACAUCAAAGUAUGCCUGGAACAAUGACUGAAGCAGAGGACGUAGAUGGAGGAACAUUAUCCCGGCAACAUAAUGCUGGUGCGCCACUGCCGGUUUCAUCAGAAAAAGAUAUGAUCCGCCAAAUGAUGAUUAAAAUAUUUCGCUGCAUUGAGCCAGAACUGAACAACCUAAUUGCGUUAGGAGACAAAAUUGAUAGCUUUAACUCCCUUUACAUGCUUGUCAAAAUGAGUCAUCAUGUGUGGACUGCACAAAAUGUGGAUCCUGCUUCUUUCCUGAGUACUACAUUGGGAAAUGUUUUGGUGACUGUCAAAAGGAACUUUGACAAAUGCAUUAGUAAUCAAAUAAGGCAAAUGGAAGAAGUAAAGAUCUCAAAAAAGAGUAAAGUAGGAAUUCUUCCAUUUGUUGCUGAAUUUGAAGAAUUUGCUGGACUCGCGGAAUCAAUCUUUAAAAAUGCUGAGCGUCGUGGAGAUCUAGAUAAAGCAUAUACCAAACUUAUCAGAGGAGUAUUUGUUAAUGUGGAGAAAGUAGCAAAUGAAAGCCAGAAGACCCCCAGGGAUGUAGUUAUGAUGGAAAACUUUCACCAUAUUUUUGCAACACUGUCUCGUUUGAAAAUCUCAUGUCUAGAAGCUGAAAAAAAAGAAGCCAAACAAAAAUACACAGAUCACCUUCAGUCUUAUGUCAUUUACUCUUUAGGACAACCUCUUGAAAAGCUAAAUCAUUUCUUUGAAGGUGUUGAAGCUCGUGUGGCACAGGGUAUAAGAGAGGAGGAAGUAAGCUAUCAACUUGCAUUUAACAAACAAGAACUUCGUAAAGUCAUUAAAGAGUAUCCUGGAAAGGAAGUGAAAAAAGGUCUAGAUAACCUCUACAAAAAGGUUGAUAAACAUUUAUGUGAAGAGGAGAACUUACUUCAGGUGGUGUGGCACUCUAUGCAAGAUGAAUUUAUACGCCAGUAUAAGCACUUUGAAGGUUUGAUAGCUCGCUGUUAUCCUGGAUCUGGCGUUACGAUGGAAUUCACCAUUCAGGACAUUCUAGAUUAUUGUUCCAGCAUUGCACAGUCCCACUAAAACAGAAGAGAUAGAUGAAAGAAGUGUCUACUAUUGUGUGUGUGUGUGUGUGUGUGUGUGUGUGUGUGUGUGUGUGUGUAUGGAAAGAAAAGAUUUAGGUGCUAGGUUGCCCCUGCUGCUUUAAGCCAACAGACUGGAUAGGAGGAGUGGGUAUAUGCAACUUCCCUUACCUGUGUAACUAAUAACAUGAGACUUCCCUGUUACAGGUGGUCACUUGGCCAUAUGUGCUAACAGGGGCAUGUGAAAGG